AUGUUCCUUAAGUGUUACGACACCUGUACCACUUACGUGAACACUUACGACACCUGUACCACUUACGUGAACACUUACGACACCUGUACCACUUACGUGAACACUUACGACACCUGUACCACUUACGUGGACACUUACGACACCUGUACCACUUACGUGGACACUUACGACACCUGUACCACUUACGUGGACACUUACGAUACCUGUACCACUUACGUGGACACUUACGACACCUGCACCACUUACGUGGACACUUACGACACCUGCACCACUUACGUAAAAACUUACGACACCUGUACCACUUACGUGGACACUUACGACACCUGUACCACUUACGUGAAAACUUACGACACCUGUACCACUUACGUGGACACUUACGACACCUGUACCACUUACGUGGACACUUACGACACCUGUACCACUUACGUGGACACUUACGACACCUGUACCACUUACGUGGACACUUACGACACCUGUACCUCUUACGUGAACACUUACGACACCUGUACCACUUACGUGAACACUUACGACACCUGUACCACUUACGUGGACACUUACGACACCUGUACCACUUACGUGGACACUUACGACACCUGUACCUCUUACGUGAACACUUACGACACCUGUACCACUUACGUGGACACUUACGACACCUGUACCACUUACGUGGACACUUACGACACCUGUUUUGUACUACAAGUUAUUAUUUAA